CCUAAAGAGAGAGAGAGAGAGAGAGAGAGGGGAAAAGCAAAGAAGGGUCUCAUCCGAGCGUCUCCGCUAUCACAAGUCACAACCGCUGCUUCUUCGAUUGGAUUGAAGCGUUGUUCCAUACCCAAUUUCUUUUUUUUUUUUUUUGUUAAUCCCCCUAUUAUUUCCCCUCCCGUCUAUUUCGCACCCAAUUUAUGCCAUCCGAAACCCUCGAUUCUAUCUACUAAUAAUAAUUAAAUAAAUCCCCCAAUUCCCCCAAACCCUAGAUCCUGAUCUCUCCUCCUUUUCCUCGAAAUUUUGCGCCCCAUUUUGUUUCGUUUCGUUGAUCCACUCGACUUUUUGAAGGGCGAUGGGCGCCGAUCUGAAUCCUCGUGCACCCGAUCUUCGGAUUUCGGUUUGCUUUUGCGGUCUCGGGUGAUCGGUGGUGGGUUUUUUUUUUAAUUUUUUUUUUUUUAUUCUUUUGGUGUGUGUGUGGCUUUUUGGCCUUUUCUUCUUCGAAUUUUUGGUUGGGGUUUGGGUUGUUAGGGUUAUUCCGUUUCGGGUUAGGGAUUUAGAACCUCUGAUUGCGUAGCGCGGUGAUGGAGCCUCGCGUGGGGAACAAGUUCAGGCUCGGUCGUAAGAUCGGAAGCGGCUCCUUCGGGGAGAUUUACCUAGGAACUAAUAUCCAGACGAACGAGGAGGUUGCGAUAAAACUAGAAAAUGUGAAGACAAAGCAUCCACAGUUGCUGUAUGAAGCAAAGCUCUACAGGAUUCUGCAAGGAGGAACUGGAAUACCGAACGUGAGGUGGUUUGGUGUUGAGGGUGACUAUAAUGUUCUGGUGAUGGAUUUAUUAGGACCAAGUCUGGAAGAUCUAUUCAACUUUUGCAGCAGAAAGCUGUCUUUAAAGACUGUUCUAAUGCUUGCCGAUCAAAUGAUUAACCGGAUUGAAUUUGUCCAUUCCAAGUCUUUUCUGCAUCGAGACAUUAAGCCAGAUAAUUUUCUUAUGGGUCUUGGAAGGCGUGCAAAUCAGGUCUAUAUUAUUGAUUUUGGUCUUGCCAAGAAGUAUAGAGAUACUACGACCCACCAGCACAUUCCUUACAGAGAGAACAAAAAUUUGACUGGCACAGCAAGAUAUGCUAGUGUGAACACUCAUCUUGGCAUUGAACAAAGCAGGAGGGAUGAUUUGGAAUCUCUUGGAUAUGUACUAAUGUAUUUCUUAAGGGGAAGCCUUCCAUGGCAGGGUCUAAAAGCUGGGACCAAGAAACAGAAGUAUGAAAAAAUCAGUGAAAGAAAAGUAGCCACAUCAAUUGAGGCUUUGUGUCGUGGUUACCCUAGUGAAUUUGCGUCUUACUUCCAUUAUUGCCGUUCUCUGCGUUUUGAUGAUAAGCCAGAUUAUUCAUACCUCAAGAGAUUGUUUCGAGACCUUUUUAUCCGCGAGGGAUUCCAGUUUGAUUAUGUGUUUGAUUGGACUAUUUUGAAGUAUCAGCAAUCACAGAUUUCUAGUGCUCCUCCACGAACUCCUGGUCAAGGUGCUGGACAAAGCUCUGGCUUGGCCCCAGCUGUGGAUGAUAGACAAUCAGGCGGUGAGGAAGGAAGGAAAGGCGGUUGGUCGGGAGCAAUGGAUCCUUCCCGACGACGGGCCCCACUUCCAGCUGUAACUGCAGGCAGUUUGUCAAAGCAGAAAUCUCCUGUGGCAAAUGAACAACCUGCUUCUAAAGAUGCUGUGUUGUCCAGUUCGACUUUUUUGGGGCGCUCAGGCGGCUCUUCAAGGCGAGCUGCUGUUUCUAGCAGCCGAGACACAGAGUUUGCUAAGCUGUCGACUUCGGCUCCUCAGAGAAGCUCUCCAAUCGGCUCAGCUGAACCCAAGCACUCUUCUUCUGGCAGGCACCCAUCUUCUAACACCAAGAACUAUGAGUCAACUCUCAAGGGCAUCGAAAGCCUUAGUUUUGACAAGGACGAUCGGAUUCACUACUAGCGUUACCGAACAAUCGGUUGCAAUUAUAUGUUAGAUCAUCGCAAUGUUUAAAAGCUGUAAUUAGGAGGGUGCUGAGUUCUUGAGUUCGCCUCGAGACAAUAAGUGGGGGAAUCUGGGUCUGAGGAGCUGGAAAUUGGCAACUUUGCCGUCGCUGUGGUAAGGCCUUUUGUACAUUGUUGUACUGGUUAGUCGUUAUGGCUCCUUAUCCUCGUGAAAGAAGGCCCUGUAAUUUGAUUAUAUUUUGUUGGAUAUUGUUUACCAGUCCACAUUUGUAUCGGGAUGUUUAUCUUUAAGAAGCAACCGACUGUUUGAAACCAGUGUGGGUUUUGCAUCUGUUAGUUUGUGCGAUUAAAUUCUGAUGGCUGUUACUUCGUAA